AUGAUGAUUAAACCGUAUAUGAGACAAGGUGAGGGAGAGGAGGCCGUCAGCCCUCUGCAGUGGACGGAUGAAGACAUGAGCUCCCCUGACGGAGACGCGUCAGUCUCCUCACAUCACUACAGAGAGUGUGAAACAAACCAACAGGACAGGGAGAUGGGCAGCGAAGAUGUGGAUGAAGACGAUGAUGACGAAGAGGAAGGCCAGGAGGACGAAAACAAGUCCAAACGACGAGGCCCCAAGAAAAAGCGCAUGACCAAAGCUCGGGUGGAGCGUUUCCGUGCCCGGCGUGUGAAGGCCAACGCCAGGGAGCGCUCACGCAUGCACGGUCUGAACGAUGCUCUGGAGAGCCUGCGCACCAUCAUGCCCUGUCACUCCAAAACCCAGAAACUGUCCAAGAUCGAGACCUUACGACUCGCCCGCAACUACAUCUGCGCUCUGUCCGAGGCCCUGGAGGGGGGCGUGUCCACGGAGAGCCGGGCUUUCAUGGAGACGCUGUGUAAGGGCCUCUCGCAGCCCACCUCCAACCUGGUAGCGGGCUGCUUGCAGCUGGGACCUGGCUCUGGCGGCGGGAUGAGGCCUGAGGACAGACAUGGUGUCCGGGCACCACCUGCUCCUCUGGGAGGCGUGGGGAGCUACUCCUCUCCGGGUCUGCCCAGUCCGCCGUAUGGCACUUUUGACUCUGCUCACCUGCUUCACCUGAGGGCGAUUAAAGGGGGAGCGUACGAGAAUCACUCGCCACACGAGUAUAACGGCGGUGGCGUGGGGACCCCUCCCUAUGACGGCCCUCCUACCCCCCCUCUGAGCAUCAGCAGUAACCUGGUGCCCAAACAGGAGCCUUCACCUCACUACCCACCCACACACCACUACUCGCCGACCCCCUUGGACCAGGGCCUGUAUCAGCCUCAGAGCAGCUAUGACGUACACUUAGAAGGGGCAUAUGACGCCUACCAUCCACCGCACAUGCCCCCCCGACAUAUGACCUCCAUCUACAGAGACUGA